AAAAUUAACUUGAUUUUAACUUUUAUCUCAUUAAUUUCUGAUAUAUUACGAUCCUCCAGUCCGGUGGGUGGCGGUCAUAUAUUUUAAUAUUUCUCCUGUCUUACCAAAGAAACAGAAGUGAAGCGGAAGUUGUUUUCAGAGCUAGUGGCGCGAAUGACUGGAGUACGGCUUCUUCUGAAUGAAAAACAGACAAAUUAGUUAAUGAUUUAUUAUUUUGUGUUAUACAACAGUUAUUUACAUGGGUUCAGUUGCAGAAAUUAUAUAAAAAAACAAAGUUGAAAUGAGAUCAAAGUCUUUUAGAAAUUAGUUUUAAUCCUCGUAAACACAGCGCAGUAGCGCAAGACUGCUCUGUCUCGCGAUUAUAUGCCACCAUGUCAAAGGGCAACAGAGAUGUUUAUAUUGUGAAAUUUGUUGAACGCAAUGGACAGAAGACUGAUCUGGCUCUCCAGGCCUAUAAGGCAAUAGUGGAACUUCAGUCAGAGAAAUAUGUGCAGACGGUGGAUGAGGAAGCCGCACUAGAACUGGACCACAAUGACAAAUCCCUGUUUGUGUUCAGUGAUUUCACCAGCAAUGCCUUUGACCACUGCAGGAGGCUGGGAUGCAGGAUCGUGAGUCCUCUGGUAGUGCUGUUCUGUCUGCAGAAGCAGAGAUGUGUGCCCAAAGCAGAGCAGCCUGUGUACAACAUGGCAAUGGCUGAUGUCACUGUCUCCUGCACCAAUCUCGACAAAGAGGCACGGAGUGAAGUGAUGGAUCUUGUCCAGCUGAUGGGUGGACGGGUUUACCGUGAUCUCAACGUGUCUGUUACUCACCUGGUGGCAGGUGAAGUGGGGAGUAAGAAAUACCUGGUGGCUGCAAGCCUCGGGAAGCCCAUCCUAUUGCCCAGCUGGGUGAAAGCAUGCUGGGAAAAGUCUCAGGAUUGUGUUUUCCAUCACUCUGAGCUGAAUACAGAGGACUAUCAGUGUCCAGUUCUGAAAGGCUGUACAGUGUGUGUGACUGGACUCUCUACUGUGGAGCGUAAAGAGGUUCAGAGGUUGUGCGAUCAGAAUGGAGGAAGCUACACAGGGCAGCUCAAGAUGAAUGAGUGCACUCAUCUCAUUGUCAGUGAACCCACAGGUCAGAAAUAUGAGUUUGCCCGUAAAUGGAACGUAUACUGUGUGUCCCUGCACUGGCUGUUUGACAGCAUCGAGAAGGGCUUCUGUCAGGAUGAGAGCAGGUAUGCCGUGGAGCGUGGAGAAAAGAGGAGAACCGAGGAGAAGCCGGGCAGACCCAACACCUCCACUCCUACAGGAGUCAGCAGGAACAAAGAGGAAGGUCCCUCACUUCUGGGAUUGAGUCAUAUAUCCAAUAUCAGCAUGAAUGUAAAUGAAACAGCGCUCACCACUGCAGGAAUCAGCCACAUAGAAACUCCUGAUCCGGUCGACUCAUUUGACAUCACUGUCUGUCGAGUAGAUGACCUGUUGGAUGGCUGUAAGUUGUACCUGUGUGGCCUUUCUGGAAAGAAACUGGAGAAACUGAGGCGGAUGGUGAACUCUGCUGGAGGUCUGCGCUUCAACCAGCCCAGUCAGGAUCUCACACACAUAGUGAUGGGAGAACCAGACCAGGGGGUAAAAGUCUUCCUUGACAAAGCCACUCACAGACCCCAUAUAGUGACCGUGCAGUGGCUGCUAGACAGUUUCUCCCAUGGUACUUUGCUCCCAGAGGAUGGCUACUUCCACCCCUCCUUCCUGCCCCCUGCCCCAGCUGCUGUUGAUUUGCCUGCUGCUCAAAAAGCUGCUCCCCGUGCCUCCAGACCCUCUGUAGCUCCCCCUCCUGCCCCUAGUCCAGCCCGUCAAGCCAGAGCAGAAGAAGACCUGCUCUCGCAGUACAUGGAGAAUGACCAGACUGUGGUGGAGCUGCCUCAGGCUGCUAACAGUACCAGCAGUAGGAAGAGCAUUUUGCUUCCAGAGCCUCCAGCUGCAGGGAAGGACUCCACCGUGGUUGAAACCUCAGAGGGUGGCCUGUUUUCAGGGAAGCGCUUUAUCUUGGUUGGUUUUGGAGCUGAGGCUGAAGCCCAGCUCUCAGAGCUAGUCAUGGAAAACGCUGGGAAGAUUUUGGUCGGCCGCUCGAGAGCAGUGGCGCAUUACGCCAUUGUGCCACUACUGGGCUGUGACGUGGAGGCCACAGUAGAUGAGGUCGUAACAGAUACCUGGCUGGCCAUGUGUGUGGAGCAGCAGUGUGUGUUGCCAUUAGCUUCUCAUCCUCUAUUCACUCCAGUGACAGUGAGAGAGGGCUUCUCUCCUCUCAAAGACUGUGUGCUGUCUGUCAGUCAGUUUUCUGGAGCUGAGAGAGAGUCUCUCAUUCAGCUCGCCAAGCACCUUGGAGCAAGUGUUCAGGAUUACUUUGUGCGGACUGCUAAUCAAAGGAAGGGAAUGCUGGCCAGCACUCAUCUGGUACUCCAGACACCUGAGGGCACCAAGUACCAGGCUGCCCAGAAAUGGGGUCUACCUGCAGUCACGAUCCGCUGGGUUUUAGAGUCUGCCAGAACAGGGAAGCGUGCCGAUGAGGGACGAUACCUGGUUGACCUUCCACCUUCUCCAGAGAGAAGUGAAGACAGUUUUGUUGGAGCAUCUCAGAAAGACCCGCCACCUCUGCGUCUCCUGCAACGCUCCCCAGAGCUGCCCCUACUGGGCCCACAAAAUAGCGCUGCCAUCACCCCUCUGGACACGACUCGCUUUCAGAGCCGCACUGUCCGUUCAGCAGUCAGAAAGUUGAGACAGGAAGAAGAGGAGCAGGCGGAGAUGGCAACCCCAGGAAAAGAGGAGGCCAAAGGAGCCCUGCAAAAAGACUCCUCCCUCCAACUAGAUACUCCUUCUCGCUUCCUGAGCAGAGACCGACUCUUUGGACCCUCAUUUAACACUAAGGAUGUGUUUGACCAUUUACAGACUCCUGGUAAUAACCCUCAGCAAGGUCAGGGGGCGGAGACUCCUCUGUCAGAGGUCAUUGAGAGGAACCUUAAAGCUGCAGUUGCCAACAGCAACCGCAGUCACGUCACAAACCUCGCAGCCAUGACUGCCAGUCCACAACUUGGAAAAGAGCCAGAACCUGAGGUGGAGCAGAAGGCUGCAGCUCCUCUCAGGGGGGUGGUGGUGUGUGUGAGCAAGAAAUUAAGCAAGAAACAGGGUGAACUCAAUGCAGUGGCUGCCUCUCUCGGUGCAGACUUCAGGUGGUCGUGUGACGACUCUGUCACUCAUUACAUCUACCAGGGUAAAGUUGGAGACAACAGUAAAGAAUACAGAGCUGUCAAAGAGAGAGGACUGCAUAUAGUGUCACAACACUGGCUACAGGCUUGUGCAGAUGAGCAGAAGCAUGUGUCCGAGUUGCACUACCCUUUCACGUUCAACCCCAAAAUGAGCCUCACCAUGAGUCAGGUGGCAGAUUGCACUCAGAGGUCACCUCCCCAGUCCACUCCCCGCACCAGACUCAGGGCGUUCACAGAGAAUGAGGAGACAAGGCUUGGCUCUGGUGAUGACAUAACAGACAUCUCGACCCCUCAACGAGUCAGUGUGGGAGAGCCUGAGAAAGAUCAGACCACUGAGAAAAAAAAUAUCACAGAAGCACUAGAGAUGAGAGAGAGUCUUCAAAGGCAGCUUCAGGAGAUCAUGUCUGCCACUAAACUGACCAGCGGUCGUCGAGGCUCCUCACGGUUGGCCAGAACAGGCUCAGGGGGGCUGGACUCACCCCACACCCCAGACAGCCUGGGGCGAAUGGGUAGACGCAGCCGCAAUUUAGAGGCCCUACGGAUGUCACGUCAAGUGGCUGUGGACCUGAACACAGAGCCAUCUCAGAGUGAGCAGAUCGUGUGGGAUGACCCCACAGCACGAGAGGAGAGGGCUAAGCUGGCCGAUAACCUGCAGUGGCCUGGAAGCCCCUCCCAACACUCCGAACCCCUCGCCCUCGUCCCACUGCCCCUCUCUGACCACACAACCAAUGGCAGGGACUCCAUGACUGACUCUGAACUGGUGGAAAUGGCCGCAUUUGAAGUCAUUGACGCGCAACUGAAGCCAAAGGUGACCCCACCUCGAGUCGACAAGCUACAGAACCCUGAAACACCUGAAGCUCCUACUAUAGCUUUCUCCAUUUCUAAAACUGCAGCCGCUCCCCUUCCACAGAUUGAAGAUGAGGAGGAGGUGAAGAAGGAUCCUCCACGAUUCCUGCUGUCUUCAUUGAAUCCACAGGAACGCAUCGACUACAGCCAUCUCAUAGAGGAGCUGGGUGGUAUUGUGUUGGAGAAGCAGAGUUUUGACCCCAGCUGCACUCAUGUGAUUGUGGGUUAUCCUCUGCGGAAUGAGAAGUAUCUGGCGGCUAUGGCAGCGGGCAAGUGGAUCCUUCACCGCUCAUACCUGGAGGCCUGCCGUGCAGAAGGACACUUCAUACAGGAGGAGCAGUAUGAGUGGGGCAGCAGCUCUAUACUGGAAGCUCUGACAUCCAUCAACUCUCAGCAGAAGAAACUGGCACUGGCAGCUAUGCGAUGGAGGAAGACACUACAAGGGGCCUCAAACAAGGAGGUAAACGUGUAUAUACACUUGGCAUGUAUGAACCUGCAAGUAUAUGGUGCAGUGCCUGAUGCUGUUGAUGUACAGGGAGCUUUUGGUGGCUGGACUGUAAUGCUGAAUAUUGACCAUGCCAGAGAGGCUGGAUUCAGACGGCUGCUGCAGUCUGGGGGAGCCAAGGUGUUACCAGAUCCUUCUCCCUCGCUGUUUAAAGAGACCACUCACCUGUUUGUGGAUUUUAGUCGGUUAAAACCAGGUGAUGUCAGAGUGGACAUCAGUGAGGCUGCGGCUCAGGGGGUCAAAUGUCUAAAACCCGAGUACAUUGCUGAUUACCUCAUGCAGGAUCCAUCUCCUUCAAUGGACGCUUACUAUCUUCCUGGUGCAGCUGCAGAUGAUCUAGAGAAGGUUCAAGAUACAUCUUCACGCAAACGGAAAGCUUCUGGGGACACGUCCACAUUAAAGAAGAGUCGUGUGAGAUGAAAGCAUCCUAUUUCAUGCUCAAAUGUAACAUAUUUAAUAUGUAUUUAAUUCAUUUUAUUCAUAUUACAUUGUAAGAAUAAGAAUGUCUGUUUCGUCAAUAAUAAAUAAAUUCUUAACGUGAAGCACACAAAAAAUUAGAAGAAAACAGGUUUUUUUCUUUUUUUAAAAAAGGCAUGAUUCACCAGAAAUCAGAUUUAAGCAGAAUCUCACAGCUUGCAUUUGUGUUUUGUACAUCUAUGGACUCUGAUGUACUAGCACUUUCUGCCCUGCAGAGGGAGCAAUCUUCACAUGAUGGAGGGGUGGACAGACUAAUUUGUAGUUUAUAAAAUUACCAUGGUGUAUCUAUUACAUAACAUUUACACAGCCCUCAAAUGCAUGAAGUAGUACUAUAUAAAUAUAGUUAGAAAGCUGCCAAUUAUCUGACAGCCAAAAAUAUGAUAAAACAUGAUGUACAGGUGGACUAAUUGGACAGUAAGAAAUUUUAAAUGCUUUAUGUUCUCAAAUCACUAUGAUGUCUCAUAAAAUACAGUCUGUUGUAUGUAAUAAUGUUGUUAUCACUCUUAUGUUUGGUGAAUCCCUUGAUUAUCUGAUCAAGUGUAACAAGUAAUUACAUUUACUCAAGAUGUUGCUUACUUUUCCUAUUUGA